AGGUAAUAGAGUUUGUUUUCUUUACACGUUCACACGCAAACGCAUUCCACAAGGGAAAGAAAAACAAAAAUUUUACGAUCGAAAGAUUAAUAUUAUUUACAGUAGUGUUACUGUUGUCUCCAUAUGGUCACUGUUUUGGGCAUGGUUAUCACCUAAACCUAAAGUUCUUAUCAGCUUACGGUACAAAUACAGUGCCAUCGUCUGACUGUAGUGGAAGCUGUGCGGUGCUCUUGAGUCUUGACUGAUAAUAAUUAUUGCUCAUUCCGUCGCGGUGUUGUGUUAAUCAAACGGUCGUCGAAAGAUAAACCCAGCAGUUAGUGGGCUUAAACGCGGCAAUCUUCGGCGUAGGAAAGGCGAGGACAGGACAGGCCCGUGCUUUACACCAUGUCUGAAAAUAUAAAGCAUGAGCUUGAUAUGAAAAUGGAACCUUCAAGUCCACCCGAAAAGGAUCGCAGUAUGUAUUCGCGCUGCUCGAGCGCCGGAAGUGUCCACACACCAACAUCUUCCGCUCAUAACACAGAUGACCUUGAAUUUUCUCUAACAGAGGAUGAAGAGGACUCGGGGGACAAUAAAGGCAGCAGCACUCUCAGCUACAAGGAACGCCGCCGGGAGGCUCACACCCAGGCUGAACAGAAGCGGCGAGACGCCAUCAAGAAGGGAUACGAUUCACUGCAGGAACUGGUUCCUACCUGUCAGCAAACGGACGCCUCGGGUUACAAACUAAGCAAAGCAUCCGUGCUGCAGAAGUCGAUCGAUUAUAUCGGCUACUUGCAUCAGCACAAGAAAAAGCAGGAGGACGAGCGAACCUCGCUGCAGAAGGAAGUGAUGGCGCUUCGGAUCAUACAGAAGAACUACGAGCACAUGCUGCAGAACCAGCAGCAGUCGCCUGGAAGGACGGAGGCACGGCUCAGCGACGACGUCAAGUUUCAGGUCUUUAAGGCCAUCAUGGAUGAAAUGUUCGUCACGUUCGAUCAGCUCCCGAUGAACGAUUUUGCCGAACUAACGUCCGGGGUUAUUCCCUGGCUGGAGGAACACUGUAAACCGCACCUGCUGCGAGACGUCGUGAAUCGAACUCUCAAUAACAUCACGACCAGUUACGUCGCGAAUGCCCGCCAGAGUGCUGCCAGCAGAGACAGCGGCGUGAAAAUGGAGUGAAGGUGGGUUCGUUUUAAGCUUAUCUGUAGAGGAAUAGUUUUUGGAUUGCGGAGAGAUAUAAGUUGCUUAAAA